AUGGACGAAGAACUUCAGAAGCAUUUAGAAAUUUCAAGAAACACCAAGUACCAGUGGAUUGCGUGCAUUUUCAGUUUAGUUAUAUUUCUUGCCAACGGCAUUGUUUUUUACUGGAUUCCUAGACUUCUUAGAGAUAAACGAUUUGUCAAAACAAACAGAUUCAAACCGUAUUUUGCUUUCGUUGACAUUUGGCAAACCAUUAAUACCCCGUUCUCAAUUAAAGUCGGAAAGAAAACCCACUACUUCAAACCCAGUCUACUUGCCUUAGGUGCAUGUUUCAUUUUAUUAAAUGGCAAGCUAUGCUACAUUGAGACCGACGAUUUGGACUACAAACCCCGCAUAUUUAUAAUUGGGAAACGAUGUGCUAGAAUUGCUUUGGGUCAGAUGCCAGCAAUGUUUUUAUCAGUUACCAAAGGUGAUUUCAUUACCGCCCUUACAGGCUUGACAUACGAACGUGCGGCAUUCUUCCAUGCCUGGUUUGCUACAUUAAUGUUCCUGAUGAUGACAGCACAUGUGGGGAUAAUCGGGUUUUAUUGGGCUCAUCCAAAUUACGACAUUGCUCCUAAAUAUCCAAAAAACGUUUAUGGAAUUAUCGGCUAUGCGUGUUUUGUGUUUUUGGUAUUUGGCAAUGUGGCCUUGAUUAGACGUUAUGCGUUUGAGUUUUUGAUGGUAAACCACCGGGUCCAUUCAUUCAUUAUGUUGUUGAUGGCUUUCUUACACAAUGACAGAGCCAAAGCCAUGGUCAUCCUUGCUAUCCAUUUGCUUGUGUUGGACAAAGUGCUUGGCAGAAUCUACGGUAUCGUACACUCUUUAAAAUCUCCAACAAAAGGGUUGUCAGAAUUUGAGAUACUCGACGAUGAGACUUUGCGUGUCAGUAUCCCCGUGAAAACAUCAAAGACUGAUCCAACACCUUGGUACAGAUUAUUUCUAUUCAAAUAUGGAACUUGGUUAGCUGGCCUGCAUGUUUACUUAAAUGUAAGAAAAGUCGAUUUCUUCCAACACCAUCCCUUUGCAGUUGCAAGUUUACCUGAAUCUGGUAAAAUUACUUUGGUUAUCAAAAAGAGAAACGGGUUUACAAAGAAAUUGUACGACAAGGUCAAAACAAUGCGCGACGAACAACUCGACAGCGAAACUUCCGAAACCGACCCCAACAUUGUUAAAUUAAAAGCUGCUUUCCGUGGUCCAUCACUGGGUAAAUUCCAACCAUUAAUCACAUUUGACUCAGUGGCAUUUCUCGCCCAAGAUUAUGGCGCAUCAUUUGUAUUGCCACUUUGCUUGGACUUGUUGCAGACUAUUGAAAAAAAGGAAGUGGCUAAAAACUAUUUGGGCCGACCAGCUCACCCUUAUUUGAAAGUGUAUUGGUCAGUAAAGAGGUUAAACAAUAUCUACUGGUAUGAAGAUUUGGUUAGAAAAUUAUUGCCAUUCAUCAAUUCAGGGAAACUUACCAUGAAUGUGUUUGUACAAGAAAGUGUUGAACUCGAAGCUACUAAACUGGUGUCAACUAAAAAGUUGGAUAUUGUCUCUGUCACCAGCGACCCCCUGUCAAUUACAAACUCAGAAAUAAAGUUUAUCUAUGAAGAACCAAUGGAGGUAUCACAAGUCAUUCAAUCACACAUUUCCAGUAUGCAUUUCCCAGAGGAAAAAGCGUUCAAGUCGCUUGCUAUAAUGAGUUGCGGAAAUGACAACUUUGGAAGCCAAGUAGAAAGCGAGUCACAAAAGUACAGAUGGGUUAAAGAUGCACCAAAUAUUUAUUUCUAUAACGAGUCGUACGAAACAUAG